AUGAGCGCGGACUGCAGCGGCUAUUAUAAUAUCGAAAAUAUCUUCGUUUCUAACUUCACGUGCCCCAAGCCCGACGGCGACCUUGGCGCCAAUUACUGCUGCGGCUUUAAUGACAUCAAGUACUGCUGUGAUGACCCCAACAGCUUCUUCCCCUAUGCCUACAGCUACAUGUGGUGGUUAAGUAUUUGGGCUCUGGUGGGGCUUUCUAUAGCUGCAGUGGUUCUACUGGCUUUCGUCAUCACAGUUUGUGUUCUGUGCUACCUUUUCAUCUGCACUAAACCACAUCCUAGACUGGAUACUGGAUUAGAUCUGCAAACACUGGGUACUGAACAAAUUUUAGAAACUCCGAAUCAGUCCAGUGGGCCAAAUACAAUAAGGAAGCAACUUCAGAGUCGGAGAUUAGAUUGCAGCCAGCCAGAUCAGCCACCUGAACCUGACCGAUUAUUCCAGAGAUGUUUCAUGGCCACCGUUACAACAAUUAACAUACAAGGAUCCUCAUGA